AUGAAUUAUCAAUCGGUUUCGAAUGAAAAAAAACAUCAAGAUGAAUCUGAACAACAUUCUUCUAUUGAAUCACCAAUUUUAAUUCGGAAACCGAUAUCUUCUGUUGAUAUUCGAUCGAAUCGAAAAUCAAUGUUUGAACAAACUACAACACAAACUAAUACACAUGCUAUUGAACGAGAUUCAAUACGAGCAUUAAAAGCUGGCAAUCCAAAUCGCAUAAAUAAUUUAAUACAAUUUUUUGACAAAUAA